UGGCGGCGAGCCACCUGAUGCCCUACGGCGGAACCAGGCGCUCCGCGCGCGUCGACCCCGCCUGGGUCCGGAGGCUUAGCGCGAAAUUCGACUAGGCGAGGCGUAGUUGGUGGCAGUGUCUCGCCGUGGAGAGAGACCGUGGCCUGUGAGGAAGAGGGUGAGGGGAUGAGGAGGAGGAAGCAGCAGGAUAUUUGGGUCUUUGCGCGUGGCCUGAUGGUGUGGUCAAAGAAUGCAGACAUCUUUAGCAAGAUGCAACGAGUGCGUCGUGUACCAUAAUUGGCACCGCAAGGGUGACUGGAAAAGGCGUUUCGUCAAGAUUGUCACCGGUGAUUUUGUGGAUGUACCAAGAAAGUUCUUAGAAAAUAAUAUCAGAGGGCAGAUACCUGACGAAGUCAAUCUUGAUUUACCUAACGGUAAAACAUAUAUACCGUUCAGGUUGCGAAGGAAGAGAAUGGCCUCAUCUUUCAAUCUGGAUGGGCAGAAUUUGCCAGAACUUAUGAACUCGUACAGGGUGAUAUCUUAUUGUUUGAAUCCAGUGGAAGCUCCUGCUUUGAAGUUCGAAUAUUCAAUCAAACUGGCUGUGAGAAAGAGUUAUCCUGUGUUGCGAUGAAAAACGCUUCUUGUCUCGAUGAAAAGAGCAUGCCGCAUGAUAAUGAUAUGCAGUCGCCAAAAAAUGAAAGGUGUGGUAACAUGAGCGGCAAAAGUCACGCGAUAUGCAAGGUGUGUGCUGCAUUUUAUUAUUGGCACCACAUGGAUAAAAUGCGUUUCUUCAUGGUUAUGAUGGGUGUCAGUGCCUCAAAAAAUGAACUGACCAUACCAAAAGAGUUCGCAAACAAUGUCAGAGGGAAAAUAUCUGACGAAAUAAAGCUGGAAGUGCCUGAUGGACAAACAUAUAGAGUUCAGGUUGACAAGGAACCGAAUGAAGUAGUCCUUCGAUCUGGAUGGGAUGCAUUUGUUAGAGCCUAUGAACUUAAAGAGGGUGACACAUUGUUGUUUGCGUAUACUGGGAACUCCCACUUCAAAGUUCAAAUCUUCAAUGUAAGUGGUUGUGAUAAAUUGUUAUCGUGCAUCAAUAAGAAUAAUCCUAUGCGAUCACCUAGAGAAAGUAUGAAGAAACUAUGCAGUGUGCCUAGAAUGUGUUGAUCGCCAUUAUUGGCACAUGAAAGAUCAUGAUUGGUGUUUUGUCAAGGUUAUGAGUCUGAGUAAUUUCAAGGAUGAAAUGGCCAUACCAGAUGAGUUCACCACUAAUUUCAGAGGUCACAUUUCUGAUAAAGUCAAACUAGAAGUAGCAGAUGGCAACAUUUAUAAUGUUCAGGUUGCCAAGGAACAGGAUAAGUUUAUUCUUCGGUCAGGAUGGGUGGACUUCACCGGUGCUUAUGAACUUCAACAGUAUGACUCCCUGUUCUUUAUAUAUAGUGGGGACUCCCACUUCAAAGUUCGAAUCUUAAAACCAAGUGGUUGCGAGAAAGCGUCGUCAUGUGUUACAAUGAGCUGUGGUCCUAAUGUCCAAGAAAGGGUCAUUUGUCAUGCUCUAUCACUACCUAGCAUAAAAAGAUGUAGAAAUGACAAUUGGACGGACAAUUCGAAAACUGCAAAGGUUACUCCAACGGACUCACCUUCACAGAAAUCAAGUUCAGAAAUGAACACACAAGAUGUCACAUCUUCAAAAUAUAUUCCGGAACCAAGAAGUUCAGGUGGCCUUCCAGGGUCCACUGAAUCACGACACAUCUUAGAAAAGGGCUGUAUACUGACUAGCGCUCAGAAGGCAAGAGUCGACACAUUUGUGAAGGAAAGUUGGACUGGAAUCCAAUUUUAUGUCACAGUCAUGAACGAGAAAAGUCUGUCUGAUGGAUGUCUGGUCAUCUGCAAGGAUUUUGCAGCCAAACAUCUUCCGCACCAAGACCAGACGAUCAAACUCUGUUAUCCUCAGAACAGCAAAACAUGGGAUGCCAGUUUGAAGGUUAUCACUGAUGGAGCAUGCACCCGUUCAUGCAUCCUUGCUGCUGGUUGGCUGGACUUUGUACGCGACAACAACUUGCGGGAAGGCGAUAUCUGCGCAUUCGAAGUGUCAAAGGACCAUGAUAGAGUGAUAAUAACAGUCCACCUCUUAAAGAAUGUCGUCGUAGCAGGACAUACCAAAUCAACCAGCCAGCAGCAGAAGAAAUGGACUCACACAGGCUAUGUGGUUACAAAAUACACCAAACUGACUUGCAAGCAGAAGAGAAAAAUCGAAGAGAGGAUCCAGGCUAUUAGACCUGAAACAAGAAUAUUUGUGUCCAUCAUCUAUAGCAGCCGUAAAGCUGCUGCCUUGUGACCAUGAGGUCACGGGUUCAAGUCCUGGAAACAGCCUCUUGCAGAAAUGUAGGGAAAGGCUGCGUACAAUAGACCCAAAGUGGUCGGACCCUUCCCCAGAC